GAACACGAAUCGUUUGCAUUGUCCCANNNNAAAAAAAAAGACUUAAAUAGGAGAAGACAAAAAUGGAGGGAAUAGGAAGAGAACGAUAGAGAGAGGUCUAUUCGCGUCGUAAAAUCUUUAUUACCGACAGAUAUCCCAUGGAAAAAAUUGUUCCCAUCGCGCUUAUGUAAUCUCAGAAUCCUCGAAUUUCCUCGUACAUAUCCCCAUUUUUCCUUUCAUCCCUCUUUCCUCUUUCCCUCUUCUUCUCCAAAUACGUCGUUUCGAUCGUGCACAAAUACCACCCCCUCAUCCAGUUCAUAUUAAUAUAUAUACAUACGCACGUAAAUACGAAUAAUUUAUGAAAAACGAGCUACUUGAUUUUUCUCCUUUUUUCCUAUCUUUUUAGCACGCAUUUUUGGGGACCGGUGCUCAACUGGACGAUACCCUUAGCAACCAUAUCCGACACGCGAAAGCAUCCAAAAAUCAUUAGUGGAAGGAUGACUUUCGCGCUGGCUCUUUAUUCCACGGUAUUCAUGAGAUUCGCUUUGAAAGUGAAACCGAGAAAUAUGAUGAUGUUCGCCGUCCACUUCGUCAAUACCUGUGCGCAACUUGUACAAGGUUAUAGGUUUAUCCAAUACAAUUAUAUCUCGCAAGAGUCUUAUGAAGAUCAAAACAAAAAAUAACUUCGUAUAUUUUUAACUUAUAA